AAAAAAAAAAAGUUUUCCUCCCAUCUCGCAAUUCAAAUAGUAUUGUUUCCACUCACUGUCAUAGUAUCAUUCUCCUCCUUCUCCACUUCUCGCCAUACCAUAACAGUUGAUGACGCACACUCGUAGUACGAUCGCUUCAACGCCUGCGGGUGGAUGCAGUCUAUCACCUUCCCGAAAUCCAAUCAACGAGGAUUUGAGUAAGCAGAUGAAGGAGAACUUCCAAAAAAUGAAAGUAGCAUCGCUCCAACUACAGUUAGUUAUUGCCACAGAAAGUUUGGCAGCUGAAAGGUCACAGAAGCUAGAUGCCCUUGAAUAUCUUAAGACUUUAGAAAAGGAUCAAGAUUCUUUAAAGGAGGAGCUUGAAAGGGCCCAACAGAAGGCAUUGACUGCUAAUAAGAAGGUGGAAACAUUAGAAGAUCAAAAUAAGAUGUUGCAAAAGCUUAACAUCAAACUUGAAGAUCAAUUUGAAAGAGCUAAUAAUGCAAACAAAAACCUAGAAAGGGAGAAAGAUAUGAUAUCAAAAUACAGCAUGACAUUGGAGAAACUGUGUCUCAUUUAUGAGGCUCAGAUUGCUGAUGCCAAGAAUUCAAGAGAUGAUGCUGUCAAGCAAAAAGGAACUGCAUUGAAGGAUGCAGAUAUACGCUAAGGAUAACUGAAGAAAGUAAGCAAAGAUGGUAGGGAUUUUUGUGAUAUAUGGUUUUAGAGCAAAUGUUUUGUCUUGAUUUUGUGAGCUGAGUGGUGCUGAAACACUCUCUUAUAUGAUGUACAACUUGGAAAAAGAAUUUAUGUGUUACUAGCUUUGCUCCUAUAUAUAGUCGUUCAUAC